AUGCCUAGACACGAAAAACACAAAGACCGAGGUUAUAAAAGCUACAACCCCGAUGAUUUUUCCUACUGGGACCCUUACUAUGUAGAUUCCGACGCAGCGCAAAAAUAUAAACGAGAUAUCGACUAUGACGUCGACAACCCGUACCUCAGGGGAACUACGACGGAGAGUAGCGCUGGCGCAGAGGAUCCGGACCCUGAAUUCAUUCCGGCCCUGGCGCUGACUGGAGUAUUUGGUGCUGCGUUCCUAAUACUUCCGUUUUUGGUUAAAAAGGGACCAAAUAGAGGGUAA